AGGAGAAACAACAGUGUCUGCGGCUCCCACUCUCCAAGGGGGCCCACUGGGGGGCAGUGUCAGGGCAUGGACACCACCCCCCAAGGGUCUCUGCUGCCGGCUACUCUCCUCUCUACACGCUCCCCCCCAGGACUCCCGAGGCAGCGGAUACGCCCAGCGCAGGGCCGCACCGUGGCUUUCAGGCGCGCAUCGGCCUCGCACUGACGCCGCCGCCAUGGCGCAGGAGAACGCGGCCUUCUCCCCGGGGCCGGAGGAGCAGCCACGGCGCCGCGGCCGCCAGCGCUACGUGGAGAAGGACGGCAGGUGCAACGUCCAGCAGGGCAACGUGCGGGAGACGUACCGCUACCUGACCGACCUGUUCACCACGCUGGUGGACCUGCAGUGGCGCCUCAGCCUGCUCUUCUUCGUGCUCGCCUAUGCGCUCACCUGGCUCUUCUUCGGCGCCAUCUGGUGGCUGAUCGCCUACGGCCGCGGCGACCUGGAGCAUCUGGAGGACACCGCGUGGACGCCGUGCGUCAACAACCUCAAUGGCUUCGUGGCGGCCUUCCUCUUCUCCAUCGAGACAGAGACCACCAUCGGCUAUGGGCACCGCGUCAUCACCGACCAGUGUCCCGAAGGCAUCGUGCUGCUGCUGCUGCAGGCCAUCCUAGGCUCCAUGGUGAACGCCUUCAUGGUGGGCUGCAUGUUCGUGAAGAUCUCUCAGCCCAACAAGCGCGCAGCCACGCUCGUCUUCUCCUCACACGCCGUGGUGUCACUGCGCGACGGGCGCCUCUGCCUCAUGUUCCGCGUGGGCGACCUGCGCUCCUCGCACAUCGUCGAGGCCUCCAUCCGUGCCAAGCUUAUCCGCUCGCGCCAGACCCUCGAGGGCGAGUUCAUCCCGCUGCACCAGACAGACCUCAGCGUGGGCUUUGACACGGGGGACGACCGCCUCUUCCUUGUCUCGCCACUGGUCAUCAGCCACGAGAUCGACGCCGCCAGCCCCUUUUGGGAGGCGUCACGCCGCGCCCUUGAGAGGGACGACUUUGAGAUCGUCGUCAUCCUCGAGGGCAUGGUGGAAGCCACGGGAAUGACAUGCCAAGCUCGGAGCUCCUACCUGGUAGAUGAGGUGUUGUGGGGCCACCGCUUCACAUCAGUGCUCACCCUGGAAGAUGGCUUCUAUGAGGUGGACUAUGCCAGCUUCCAUGAGACCUUUGAGGUGCCCACACCCUCGUGCAGUGCCCGGGAACUGGCAGAAGCUGCAGCCCGACUUGAUGCCCAUCUCUACUGGUCCAUCCCCAGCAGGCUGGAUGAGAAGGUGGAGGAGGAGGGGGCAGGGGAAGGGGCAGGUGGGGGAGCUGGGGCUGAUAAGGAACAGAAUGGCUGCCUGCCACCCCCAGAGAGUGAGUCCAAGGUGUGACCAGCCUUCUCCAAACCCCUGUGGCAGAUUGGGAGCCAGAUGCAGGUACCUGGGCAGCUGGAUAGUGGAGGUGGAAAAGGAAGUGGCAGAUAAGGUCCCAGAGAAGAUGCUUAAGUUGAAGAGGCCCCUUGAGUCUAAGAUUCAGCAGGUAAGGGAUGGGUCCUAAUUUCAGGAAAAUGAAGGGUGGAGAUGGGUAAACACACCAGUUUGUCUGUUUGACCUUCACAUCUGUUCAUGGUGGAUGGAUCCACAGAAGGAUGGACUUAUGGGAGUUGGAUGGGAAGAGGGCAGCAGAUAGAGACAGCUGAUGGAUAAGUAAAUGGACUAACAGAGUUGAUGCACUCAAGGUUGCUGCUACCCAUAGCGCACCCUUUCCUGAAGCCCCAAUCCAGGGUGCAUGGCUUGGGGAACAGCAUGUGGGAUGGAUUGCAGUCCCCACUCACCUCUU